GGCACAGGCGCAUUAACGCUUCCGGUCUGCGCAAAUGUUGAUGUGAUCUAUGUUUACAUGUUAUUAACGAAAUUUUUGUCACAUCUGUGAUAUAUUUGCACUAUGUAGCUUUGGACUUAUAUUUCUGGUUGUGAAAUGUAGACUUGAGGACAUUUCUCUUCGUCGAAAAUGUUCUAAAAGACAUGGUUUAAGAUAAUGAGCUCUAUGCUAAAUGGUCCCGGAUCGCCAAAGCCUUACGAUUACUUAUUGAAGUUUCUACUGGUAGGGGACAGUGAUGUGGGAAAGGAGGAGCUGUUGAGUGGGAUGGAGGAUGGGGCUACAGAAUCCCCGUAUCCCAGUACUGAUGGCAUUGACUACAAAACAACCACCAUUUUGCUGGAUGGGAAGAGGGUGAAAUUACAGUUGUGGGACACCUCAGGUCAAGGACGUUUCUGCACUAUAUUUAGGUCUUAUUCAAGGGGAGCUCAGGGCAUUCUUCUAGUCUAUGACAUUACAAACAAAUGGUCAUUUGAUGGAAUAGCGAGGUGGAUUAAGGAAAUUGAUGAGCAUGCACCAGGUGUUCCUAAAAUUUUGGUGGGAAAUCGACUCCACAUGGCAUACAAAAGACAGGUGAGCGAGCAGACAGCAGAGUCGUACGCACUGAAAAACGACAUGGCUUUCUUUGAGGUUAGCCCUUUGUGCGACUUUAAUGUGACUGAGUCGUUUGCAGAACUCUCGAGAGUGGCACUGAAGAGAAAUGGAAUGAGAAGGACAUGGGGAACUGAUAAAGUGCUUACUUUGAAGGAGAUUGCCUGUCGAUGUAUUGUUGCUAAUACUACAAUUUACGGAAUAGACAGACUGCCUUUGCCUCAUUCACUGACCUCACACCUGAAAUCAUAUGCAUUGACUAAUAAAACCAGAGUUCGGAUGCAGAGUUUCGUUCAUAGAAAGAUCAAAUAUCUCAACCCCACGGAUACCCCACCUGCACAUUGUCGACAAAGUUGCUGCAUCAGCUAGCAUUGGCACAUAUGCAGCUGAGAACUGCUUCUCUUUUCCUAAUUGAUCUGCUUUGACUUUUGGGUUACAUGUAAAUUAUGUCUGUACAAAGACCAAAGUUAGUGGAUUUGAAUUUCCAAGGCAUUUUGGGAUAAUUUUACUUUCGUCUUUUCUUUAUAGAAAAUUGCAUUGGAACAUGAAACAUUAUGCUUUCUCUGUAAAAAAAAAAAAAAAUUUCACCAUUAUGCGUGGCAGACGUCAUUUUACUGAUACAGUAGAGAUAACUGUUACUGUGUGUUCUUACAUUGUACUUAUAUUGUAAUAAUUUAAUGGUAAUUUAAGGGUGUUUCUUAACAUUCCUGAUUUUGUGAUAAGAUUUAGGUUCAUAAAACAAAAACUGUGUUGCUAUAUGUUGUGUUGUUACCAUUAUAUUUUUGUUGCUUUAUCGCCAGUAUUUCUUUAAAAAGAAACUGAUUUUUAAAUGUGUAGAAAUUUGGAACUUACAUGUAUAUAUUAGAAAUGUGUUUAUGCCUUGUGUAAGUGCUAGUCAAUGCCGUGAAAAUGUGCUCUCUGUAAAUUGCGUCCCAUCGUGGAGUAUUGUUGUAGUGAUCUCGAGAUUUCCUUUUUAUUCACCUGACUUUAUAAAGACUGUGUAUUAUGGUAUGGCAAUGUCUGUAUGUCUGUCUGUUUGGAAUUUUCUGUUUUCAUUUCUCCGUCACAUAUCAAGCUGAAACUUGCUCUGUAGUUUCUUUGUGGGUCACUCUAGAUCAUGAUGCAAUUUUGAUCCAUUUUGACCUCUCCUGCAGGAGUUUUGCCCCUUUAUUUGAAAAUGAUUUACAUGGAGAGUACAUGAUUUGUCUAAUUCCUCCCAGCUUUCAGGUGAAGGCCUUCUUAUUUUACAGUAUUUAUAAGGGUAUUAUAGAUGGGCAUGUUAGUUUUUAGGAAAUAUUAGAUAGAGAAUUAUACAAAGCGAGUAUGGGGUUUGUACAUUUAAUUCCUCUCACAAUUUUCAAGCUAAGGCCUUUGGAUGUGUGUAUUGCAAGAAUUUAAUUCCCAACAAUUUUCUUUGAUGUUUGAACAAAUUACAGGUUGCCGAACUUGGUUAAUUUUGGAAAUAGAUUUUCACACAGAGCCCUUGAUUUGUUUAUAAACCUCCUGUUACAGUUAAGCUAGGACCUUUUAUUCAUAGGAUGCAAAAGAAAGUAUGUUACAGUUUGAUGGUGGCUGAUACAUUCCGUAAAUUUCUGCAACUCACGGCUUCAGAGAAACACCCUACAUAGGCAUAUUAUGUACCAUUUCUAGUACUCUUGUUGAAUGUUUUGCCAAGUUGAUGACUGUAGAUAUUUUUGAAAUGUACAUCCCCAAUCAAAUAUACCAAAUAAACAAAAUACAGGUAGAUCACCUGUCUGUACAAUACAUGUAGAUCACCUGUCUGUACAAUACAUGUAGAUCACCUGUCUGUACAAUACAUGUAGAUCACCUGUCAGUACAAUACAUGUAGAUCACCUGUCUGUACAAUACAGGUAGAUCACCUCUCUGUACAAUACAUGUAGAUCACCUGUCUGUACAAUACAUGUAGAUCACCUGUCUGUACAAUACAGGUAGAUCACCUCUCUGUACAAUACAGGUAGAUCACCUGUCAGUACAAUACAGGUAGAUCACCUGUCUGUACAAUACAUGUAGAUCACCUGUCUGUACAAUGCAUGUAGAUCACCUGUCUGUACAAUGCAUGUAGAUCACCUGUCUGUACAAUACAGGUAGAUCACCUCUCUGUACAAUACAGGUAGAUCACCUGUCUGUACAAUACAUGUAGAUCACCUGUCAGUACAAUACAGGUAGAUCACCUGUCUGUACAAUACAUGUAGAUCACCUGUCUGUACAAUACAGGUAGAUCACCUGUCGGUACAAGUCAUUCCUUUGAGAGAAAGAAAAAAUUUAAUAGUUUGAUAUAUCCUCCAAUUGUUCUCUCUCUGAAUUUUUAUUUAAAAUUGCUGUCUCAUAAUAGUAUCUUGUAUUGUUAAUUCAUGAUAAAAAGCAUUGAGAUACAAUUACCUUUGUAGUCACGUUAUUAUGUCCCGUAAUUAGAGAUUCGGGGGGGGGCUUAUAGUUUUUGGUCUGUUUAACCUUGGCCAUAAUUUUGAAUGGAUGAUGGGGCUUUCAUAUUUCACAUGUGUGUUCCUUGUGACUUGACCUUUCUUUUUGUACCAACAUUUUUGACCUUGUAAUCUUGGAGUUUGGCCUUUUGAAAAAUUUUAACCUUGGUCAUUAUCAACUUUGUUGCCAUACAGGAGCAUCAGUGUUUCACAAACACAUCUUGUUAUACAACUGUUAUACAGUUUGAAGAUCACCUCUUGCUUGGGAAUAGACUUUCUUAAUCUCAGACAAGGAAUGAAGCAUAGUGUGUAUGUGCUAAUAGUGUCUAGAAUAUAGGGCAAAUGAGUACAUUCUGUUGAAGAGUCUGGUGCUCCAAUGAUGAGGAAAAUGCUAGUAUUAAACUAAGUAUUGUGUUCUCUGUUGUGCAAAUCACUAAAUACUGGUAUAUUGCAGUACAUGUAGACUAUGAUAAUAUGCAUAGAAUUGUGAGAAAUUUGCAUGAAGUAUGGGAAUAUAUUCUGAGGUAAAGAAGGACUUUUUACCGUGUUCUGGUUGUGUUUUCUAUAUUUAUAAUAUAAUUGCAUUUAACUUGAAAGUAUAUAUAUAUUCAGUAUGUAAAUACAUGUACCAGUUUGUUGUGUUGGUGCUAAAACCAGAUUUUGUACUUUUUCAUAACAUUUAUAUGAGGGGAAAAAAAGACAUCAACUGUAGAAGAUUUGCAUGACAUUUGGUGCAAUUUUUCUACUUUGUGAAUUAAUAAUAAUAAAAGUAUUAUAUCCUCGUAUAAUGAUUUUCUUGCAAUUACAUGUAUGACUAUUAUUGUCCAUUUUCAUAAAUUGUAAGUACUAUGUACAUUGUAUUUCACAAUUUAUAUAUAUGGUGAUGAUCAGUAAUAAAAUGAUGUGAAGUC